AUGGGUAUGCUGGCGCCACAGGACAGCUUCUUCAACGUGGUUCCUGGCACGGCGCCGACAUUUGCCAUCUGGGUGAAAGCCGGCGUGAAGUUGGACGCGGCGACGUCACCUUUCCUCGUUAACGUUCAGUGCGUUGAUGACAGAUCGCCGGCGAAUAUCAUAACCGAAACGUUCACGGUUCCCUUACUUGAUAAGCCUCCGACGUUCGUUACGGGAAUUCCCGGCACAUCUCCGUCUAUUUCCGACUCGACCGUCACCGCGACGUCACUCGGUGUCUUCACCGUUACCGAUCCCGACACGACAUGCAGUAUUACGUCAUCGCUGACGUCAGUGUAUGAGAUCAGACCCGUGACGUCACCGGCAGAUCUUCAAAAGCCGGAGUUCCAAGUGUGGGUCAGUGCCGCCGUUACACAAGCGUCUAUAGACUCUAAUGACCAGGCGGUUCCGUUGCCGUUGACGAUCACGUGUACGGAUGGAAACACCGCCAUCACGGGAACGUUCAACGUCAAUAUUGUCGACGAGCCUCCGGUGAUAUCAGUACUUCCGGCGAUCGGAACGGCUAUCAACGACGGGUUGCAGACGGUCGCCACAAUCCUCCACACGUUCAGCGUGACAGACAGCGAUGACGCCGUAAACUGCUCCGUGAGAGCGCCGCAAAACGCCCGUUUUGAAGUGGUACUCGCCACUAGCCCAGCCUACGAACUUUGGCUGAAGGCGGGGUCAGCGAGUACGCUGAAUCAUGACGCCACCGCUGUAGAAUCCAUGACGAUCACGUGUAGUGACGGGACGGACCAAAUCACCAGCAGUUACAAGGUGGACAUUUCGGACGCGGCCCCCGUUCUAACCAAUUUUGCCGGUACUUCCGGUCCGCUGGGUGACCUAUCGCCAGUGGGCACUUCCGUACAUCAGUUCACCGUUACCGACCAGGAUGACGCUAUUUCCUGUUUCAUCAACGCGCCGGAGAGUGCAAAGUUUGGCAUCACCAAGGUGGAUACCGCUACCGGAGCUCAACCACUCAUUCCGUUAUAUCGCCUCCUUACGCCACAGGCGCCACAGGACAGCUUCUUCAACGUGGUUCCUGGCACGGCGCCGACAUUUGCCAUCUGGGUGAAAGCCGGCGUGAAGUUGGACGCGGCGACGUCACCUCUCCUCGUAAACGUUCAGUGCGUUGAUGACAGAUCGCCGGCGAAUAUCAUAACCGAAACGUUCACGGUUCCCUUACUUGAUAAGCCUCCGACGUUCGUUACGGGAAUUCCCGGCACAUCUCCGUCUAUUUCCGACUCGACCGUCACCGCGACGUCACUCGGUGUCUUCACCGUUACCGAUCCCGACACGACAUGCAGUAUUACGUCAUCGCUGACGUCAGUGUAUGAGAUCAGACCCGUGACGUCACCGGCAGAUCUUCAAAAGCCGGAGUUCCAAGUGUGGGUCAGUGCCGCCGUUACACAAGCGUCUAUAGACUUCAAUGACCAGGCGGUUCCGUUGCCGUUGACGAUCACGUGUACGGAUGGAAACACCGCCAUCACGGGAACGUUCAACGUCAAUAUUGUCGACGAGCCUCCGGUGAUAUCAGUACUUCCGGCGAUCGGAACGGCUAUAAACGACGGUUUGCAGACGGUCGCCACAAUCCUCCACACGUUCAGCGUGACAGACAGCGAUGACGCCGUAAACUGCUCCGUGAGAGCGCCGCAAAACGCCCGUUUUGAAGUGGUACUCGCCACUAGCCCAGCGUUCAAUAUCCGCGUUAAAGCGUGGGCGACGUUAGCGGCCGCCGAUGGACCUCACGUCAUCAACGUGGAUUGUUCAGACAGCGUCAACACCGUCAAUCACACGUUCACACAGCCACCCUGUAUUAAUACGCCGCCGACUUUUGUCUCCGGCAUGCCCGGAAGUUCUGCGAGCAUCUCUGACGCCACUGUCACACAGACGUUGCUCGGGAAAUUCACAACUACAGACCCUGAUACAACUUGCUCUGUGACGUCACCCGUAGCCUCUGCGUAUGAGGUCAGAAAAGUGACGUCACCGGCGAAUCCUCAACAACCUGAGUUUGAAGUUUGGAUCAAAAUCACCGUAACUCAAGCAUCUAUCGACUUUAACGACCAGACCGUUCCGUUGCCGUUAACGAUAAAAUGUACUGACGGAUACGUCGCGAAUGAUAUCACGGGAACGUUUAACGUCAAUAUUGUCGACGAGCCCCCAGUGAUAACCUUACUACCCUCUACCGGAACUUCCAUCAACGAUGGCUUGCAGGCGGCCGCGGCGACCAUCCAUACGUUCAACGUCACCGACAGCGACGACGUUGUCACGUGCUCCACACGAGCGCCGGAAUCCACCUUUUUUGAAUUGGUAGCCGCAACUAGCCCUGCGUUCAGUAUCCGCGUGAAAGCAGGAGUGACGUUGGCUGCAGCUGUCAGUCCGUACGUCAUGCACGUUGAUUGCACAGAUGCCGUAACCGCCGUCAGUUCAACGUUCACCCAGCCAGUCCUUGAUAAGCCGCCGACAUUUGUAUCUGGGAUUCCUGGGAAUUCCCCUGACGUCUCAGACGACAACGUGAUUGCGACGUCACUGGGAAAGUUCACAACUACGGACCCUGAUACCACGUGUUCUGUGACGUUACCUGUGACAACCGUUUAUGAGAUCAGAAAAGUGGCGUCACCGACCGAUCCCCAGAAACCGGCCGCCGGUUUUCACCGCACUGCCUGCGACCGGAACUAACAUUUUCGACGGUCUUAAGCACGCCACCGAGACCCUUCACACGUUCAGCGUCACCGAUAGCGACGACGCCGUUAACUGCUCUGCAAGAGUGCCGGAAAACGCCCUUUUUGAAGUGAUUGCCGGUGUCGCAUCAAGUAAUAAACUGGAAAAAAUAAUAAAAAAUUAAGCCUCGUUCUUGGGAAACUGGUUUUAAUGCAUAUGCGCUGAAUGUCGUUCCUGAAAACUGUGUUUAAUGCAUAUGCGCUGAAUGUCGUCCCUGAAAACUGUGUUUAAUGCAUAUGCGCUGAAUGUCGUCCCUGAAAACUGUGUUUAAUGCAUAUGCGCUGAAUGUCGUCCCUGAGCGGACCCAGGCCAACAAAGGAACGACACUUUUCGCUUUUAUAGGUUGUUUUUGUUUUUAUGAAGUCGAUUCUACACGAAAAUCCAGCUUAAGCGGAAAAUGUCGUCCCUGAUUAGCCUGUGUCGACUGCACAUGAUAAUCUGGACGACA